AUGUUGAUGGCACUUUUUGCUGGGGGGCACUGCCUGUUAGAAGGUGUCCCAGGGCUCGCCAAAACCCUUAUGAUUCGGACUUUGGCACAAAUUCUGGACCUUAAGUUCAAGCGAAUCCAAUUUACCCCGGAUCUGAUGCCUGCCGACAUCACUGGCACAGAUGUACUCGAAGAAGACAGAACAACCGGACAUCGCUCGAUUCGGUUUAUUCAGGGACCGAUUUUCGCAAACAUCCUCCUCGCUGACGAGAUUAACCGAACACCCCCGAAAACACAAGCCGCACUCUUGGAAGCAAUGCAGGAGUAUCACGUCACCGCUGGCGGCAACGAAUUCCAACUGGAACAACCCUUCUUUGUGCUCGCCACACAGAACCCGAUUGAGCAGGAGGGGACAUAUCCACUUCCAGAGGCACAGUUGGAUCGGUUUAUGUUCAAAAUCGUCAUCGACUACCCAACAGAGACAGAAGAGACAGACAUCGUUUCAGCAACGACCGGAGCGGAGAUUCCUGAACUUGAAACCGCACUGUCCGGGGACGCUAUCGUAGCACUUCAUAAUAUUGUGAGGCGUGUGCCCGCCGCUGACAACGUGGUGCAAUAUGCUGUGAAAAUCGCGCGUGCGACGCGUCCGAAAGAGGAAGAUGCCCCCGAUUUCAUUCAACAGUGGGUACGCUGGGGCGCGGGACCCCGUGCUGGGCAAUACCUCAUCUUAGGUGCUAAAGCCCGAGCAAUUCUACGCGGACGUUAUAACGCCUCUUGUGAAGACGUGAAAUCUGUCGCGCCCUCAGUCUUGCGCCACCGUGUUUUAACCAAUUUCCAUGCCGAGGCUGAAGGUGUUGAUUCAGACACCGUCAUCCAACGCCUACUCGAUACGGUGAAAGAACCCGCUGCAAGGUUGUAG